CAGCUCCUCCUCCUCUUGGGUCUCCUGUCACCAUGGCGCUGGCUGUCCUGCAAGUGCUGGAUCCCUUCCCGACCGAGACCCCUCCCUUGUCUGUGCUGCUCCCGCCCGGGGGCCCGUGGCCUGCGGCGGGACUGGGCUUGGUGCUGGCCCUGCGGCCUGCCGGGGAGAGCCCUGCGGGGCCGGCUCUGCUUGUGGCAGCCCUGGACGGGCCGGACGCGGAGACCGAGGCGCGGGGCCCUGGGCCCCCGCUGCUGCUGGUUAGCCGCGCGCUGCUCCGGCUCCUGGCCGUGGGCUCCGGGACGCGGGUGCGGGCUCGGCCCGUGCGGCGGCCUCCAGCACUGAGCUGGGCACUGCUUGGCACUUCGCCGGAGCCCGGGUUGGCAACGCGAGUCGGGGGGCCGCUGUUGGUGAGGCGCGGAGAGAUCCUGCCAGUGCCCGGGCCUCGGGUCCUGGAGACGCGGCCGGCGCUUCAAGGGCUGCUGGGCCCCGGGACGCGUCUGACGGUGACCGAGCUCCGCGGGCGGGCCAGGCUGGGCUCGGACACCGGGGACGGCAGCCGGCUCCCACCCGCGCCCUUGGUGUCCUCCUUCGCCGUUUCCAGGACGGCACGACUACUCCAGGGAGUUCCAGGAGGGACUGGAGAGGCCCUGGCGGUGAGCCGGAGCUGCCUGCGCGGCCUGGGUCUCUUCCAGGGCGAGUGGGUGUGGGUGGCCCGGGCCGGACAGCCACUGGCCGCGUCCCAGCCGCACCUGGCCACGGUGCAGGUCCUUGAUCCUCGCUGGGACCUGUCGGAGAGGCUGGGACCAGGCUCUGGCCAGGAGAGAGAGCCUCUUGCCCAUGGCCUGGCGCUGGUGCCUGCCACUUUGGCCUUUAAUCUCGGCUGUGACCCCCUGGAAGUGGGAGAACUGAGCAUUCAGAGGUACCUGGAAGGCACCGCGGCCCCUGAAGACAAAGGAAGCUGCUCGCUGCUUCGCAGACCCCCGUUCGCCAGAGAGUUACACAUCGAGAUUGUGUCCUCUCCCCACUACAGCGCUAGCGGGAAUUAUGACCGUGCUCUUUACCGGCACUUUGAGACACCCAGGGUGGUCCAGGAAGGGGAUAUCCUGUGUGUGCCGACAGUUGGGCAAACAGAGGUCCUGGAAGGAAAUGCAGAGAAACUGCCAAGGUGGCCGGAGCUAUUUUUUAAAGUAAAGAAGACGGUUGGCGAGGUUGUGGAGGGGCCAGCCAGUGCCUACUUGGCUGACACCACCCAUACUUCUCUGUACAUGGUGGGUUCUACCCUGAGCCCUGUCCCCAGGCCCCACUCAGCGACAGCUCUGUGGAGUUCUUUGUCUCCUCCUGGCCUAGAGGGCCUGGUGGCUGAGCUGUGCGCCACACUCAAGCCACGCCUGCAGCCGGGGGGGUCCUUGCUGACAGGAACCAGCUGCAUCCUCCUACGGGGCCCCCCGGGCAGUGGCAAGACCACCGUGGUCAGUGCUGCCUGUGGUCGCCUUGGGCUCCACUUAAUGAAGGUGCCCUGCUCCAGCCUCUGCGCAGACAGCAGCGGGGCUACAGAGACAAAACUGCAGGCCGUCUUCUCGUGGGCCCGCCGCUGCCGACCCGUGGUGCUGCUGCUCACAGCCCUGGACUUACUGGGCCGGGACCAGGACGGCCUGGGAGAGGACACGCGGGUGGUCGCAGCCCUGCGUCGCCUCCUCCUGGAUGAGGCCCCCCUUGACAGCUGCCCUCCUCUCCUGGUACUGGCCACCACGAGCCGGGCCCAGGACCUGCCCACUGAUGUGGAGACAGCAUUUCCGCACGAGCUGGAGAUGCCUGUGCUGUCGGAGGGGCAGCGACUCAGCAUCCUGCAGGCCCUUACCGCCCGCCUCCCCCUGGGCCAAGAGGUGAACUUGGCACAGCUGGCACGGCGGUGUGCAGGCUUCGUGGCAGGGGACCUCUGUGCCCUUGUGGCCCACAGUAGCCGGGCAGCCUGCUCCAGGAUUAGGAACUUGGGUUUGCCAGGAGGCCUGAGCGAGGAGGAUGAAGAGGAGCUGUGUGCCGCUGGCUUUCCCAUCGUGGCAGAGGACUUUGGCCAGGCGCUGGAGCAGCUGCAGGCAGCUCACUCCCAGGCCGUGGGAGCCCCCAAGAUCCCCUCAGUGUCCUGGCAUGAUGUGGGUGGGCUGCAGGAGGUGAAGAGAGAGAUCCUAGAAACCAUUCAGCUCCCCCUGGAGCACCCUGAGCUGCUGAGUCUGGGCCUGAGGCGCUCGGGCCUUCUGCUCCAUGGGCCCCCUGGAACAGGCAAGACCCUCCUGGCCAAGGCAGUCGCCACUGAGUGCAGCCUCACCUUCCUCAGCGUGAAGGGGCCAGAGCUGAUCAACAUGUACGUGGGCCAGAGUGAGGAGAAUGUGCGGGAAGUGUUUGCCAGAGCCAGGGCGGCAGCCCCAUGCAUCAUCUUCUUCGAUGAGUUGGAUUCCUUGGCCCCAAAUCGGGGCCAAAGUGGAGACUCUGGAGGAGUGAUGGACAGGGUGGUCUCACAGCUCUUGGCUGAGCUGGACGGGCUCCACAGCACUGGGGAUGUGUUUGUGAUCGGGGCCACCAACAGACCAGACCUCCUGGAUCCUGCUCUUCUGCGGCCUGGCAGAUUUGACAAGCUGGUGUUUGUGGGUGCCAGCGAGGACCGGGCCUCCCAGCUGCGCAUUCUGAGUGCCAUCACACGCAAAUUCAAGCUGGAGCCCUCAGUGAGCCUGGUGGACGUGCUGGACUGCUGCCCGGCCCAGCUCACAGGGGCAGAUCUCUACUCACUCUGCUCUGACGCCAUGACGAGUGCCCUUAGACGCAGAGUUCAUGAACUGGAAGAAGGGCUGGAGCUGGCCAGCUCGCCGCUGGUGCUCACCAUGGAUGACCUGCUGCAGGCCGCCGCCCAGCUGCAGCCCUCAGUCAGCGAGCAGGAGCUGCUGAGGUACAAGCGCAUCCAGCACAAGUUUGCUGCCUGCUAGGGAGCUCCCUGCCACAGUGGCCGCAGGUAGCCCCCCUGCAGACUGCUGCCACUGCCCCUCCCGAACGCCACCUCCCUGCAGGAGACACAGCCCUGGGUGACUGGCAGGCCCAGCAAGAGCUCACCUGGGUAUUUUUUUUGCCUCCAGGCCAGCUGCUCAGGAGGGCUGGCAUAUGCCUGGUUCUGGGGAUUGGGAACCUGAAAGUGGCUGAAAAUAAAGUGUAUGCUGCCCCCUG